GCAUGCGCGCCGCCUGCAUCCGGCAGCCGUGCGGAGCCGCGGCCGGGCUCUCCCCGGCGUGGCUCGUCCUAGCCAUGGCUCCGGACUCGGGGCCCUGCCCUGACGGGCAACUUCUGAAGCUGCUGCCGGUGGAUCCCCGGGACCGGGGCACUCAGCGCUGCCGCUUGGGGCCGGCCGCCCUCCGCAGCCUGGGCGCGCGCCUGGGCUCGCCGCUGCGGAUCUCGCUGGCGGACGGCGGCUGCUGCCUGUGCACGGCGUGGCCGCGGCGCGACGGGGCGGACGGCUUUGUGCAGCUGGACCCGCAGUGCGCGAGCCCCGGGGCGGCGGCCGCGGUGGCGGCAGCGGGGAGGCUCCGUCUGGACCGCCUGCAGCCGGUGCCGUGUCCUCCCCUGCGGCGCCUGGCGGUGUGGCCGGAGCUACGGCCGCAGGCGGGAGCCCCGAGCCCCGCCGCGGUGCUGGAGGUAGCGCACGAGCUGCUGCGCCACCGGCCGGUGUCGCGGGGACACGUGCUGGCCACCGCGCCGGGCGUCCCCGGCCCGGUGGCGGCGCUGCACGUGGUGGGCGGGACGCCGGACCCGGAGCCGGCCGGCUGGGUCACGCCGCACACCCGCAUCACGCUCGGCGACAAGCCGCCGCCCCAGGUCCAGCCCCCCGGGGAGGUGGCCCUCGGGGGGCUGUCGGAGACGGCCGACUCCCUGCGGGAGCUGCUCCUCCUGCCGCUGCGCUACCCGCUCGCCCUAAGCGCGCUGGGGCUGGCGGUGCCCCGCGGGGUGCUCCUGGCAGGACCCCCGGGGGUGGGCAAGACCCAGCUGGUGCGGGCCGUGGCGCGCGAGGCGGGCGCCGAGCUGCUGGCGGUGAGCGCCCCGGCGCUGCAGGGCUCCCGGCCCGGGGAGACCGAGGAGAACGUUCGGCGCGUCUUCCAGCGCGCCCAGGAGCUGGCCAGCCGCGGCCCCAGCCUCCUCUUUCUGGACGAAGUGGACGCCCUCUGCCCCCGGAGGGCCACCUCCCAGCGGGCUCCCGAGGGCCGUGUGGUGGCCCAGGUGUUGACGCUGCUGGACGGCAUCCACAGCGACCGAGAGGUGGUGGUGGUUGGAGCCACCAACCGGCCGGACGAGUUAGACCCAGCGCUGCGCAGGCCGGGAAGGUUUGACAGAGAGGUCGUCAUCGGCGCUCCCACACUUAAACAGAGAGAGGCCAUUCUUCGAGCGAUUACUUCAAAGAUGCCCAUCGCCAGUCACAUUGAUUUGGGUCUCCUGGCAGAGAUGACCGUUGGCUAUGUCGGUGCUGACCUCACAGCCCUUUGUAGGGAGGCUGCCAUGUGUGCGCUUCUCAGGAACGAGAAGAACCAAAACAGCCCCAAGAUUGAGGAAACAGACUUUCUUGAGGCUUUUAAAAAGAUUCAGCCCUCAUCGUUUCGAAGUUCCAUCGGACGGAUGGACGUCAAGCCUGUUGGCUGGGAACAGAUAGGUGGACUUGAAGAUGUAAAGCUGAAGUUAAAGCAGGUAUGUGUUGAGUGGCCCCUGAAGUUCCCUCAGGAGUUCGUUAGGAUGGGUCUGACACAGCCAAAGGGCCUUCUCCUCUACGGUCCUCCCGGGUGUGCUAAAACCACCCUGGUGAGGGCCCUGGCCACCAGCUGCCACUGUUCCUUCGUGUCAGUGAGCGGAGCUGACCUCUUUUCGCCGUUUGUUGGAGAUUCAGAGAAAGUCUUGUCUCAGGUAUUUCGACAAGCAAGAGCCAAUACUCCAGCGCUUGUGUUUUUGGAUGAAAUUGACUCAGUGUUGGGGUCUCGCUCAGUCGGCACCUUGGGAUGUGAUGCUCGGGAGCGGGUUCUCUCAGCUCUGCUGAAUGAACUCGAUGGUGUGGGAGUUAGGACGGUAGAGAGAAGAGGGAGUAAAUCAAACCAACAGGAGUGUCAAGAAAUUCUCCAUCGAAGCGUCAUGAUCGUCGUGGCAACAAAUAGGCCGGAGGUGCUGGAUGACGCCCUGCUACGACCUGGAAGAUUAGAUGCCAUGAUUUAUGUGCCCCCUCCCGAUCAACAGGGCAGGCUUUCUAUUUUAAAAGUCUGCACAAACAACAUGCCAGUAGGACCUGAUGUUUCCCUGGAAAACCUAGCAGCAGAAACCUGUUUUUUCUCUGGAGCUGACCUUAGAAACCUCUGCAAAGAAGCUGCCUUGUUUGCUCUGCAAGAAAACGGACUGGAAGCCACCACAGUGAAACAGGAGCACUUCGUACAAUCACUUAAGACCGUGAAGCCAUCCUUAAGUGUGAAGGACCUGACUUUCUAUGAAAACUUAUUUAAGAAACGACUUCCUAACUUGGAAAAUCAUUAAAUUUUUAUUUUAAUCAGUUUUUUACAUGAA